GGAUCGAUAUGAGUUGCCUGUUACCGUGGGACGCACAUCAUAUAUGCCGUCAACUGAGCUAUCAAUUGCCGGCUGCCUCCAGCUAGAGCUGCACAAUAUAUAUAUUUCGCUCUUUCGGCACUCUUGCACUACCUUGGGGCUCUUUCCCAUGCUCCGGAAUACUGUUGGUUGUCCGUCAUGUUGCUUGACCGCCAUCUUGUAACCGGCUUGGUAGGCCUUUGGAGUGCCUCCAAGACCUAUGCUGCGUGCUCAUCCAAUCUCCUGAUUGACAACUUCACAACAUGGAUCAACGGCGUCAAUAACCUGGACUGGCCGAAUGGAGAUGACGGGAGCAUGACGGCCAUUGCCGGGUCAGCCGGUCAGGUUGUGUUCAUCCCCAAGGACGAGAAUUCGUACUUCUACGAGUCGUUCGAGUGCCAGCAGCCCGUUACCAACGGCUAUGGCGCCAUCCAGUUUACGCUUCAGGGGCCAGCCGGCGGCUCGUUCGCCUUCGAGUUGCAGACGACGGAGAGAUGUAAUAACUACAACGGAAGCUACGGAAGCUCUUACAACAUUGUGAGCGACCUCACCGGCCAGCGUCAGACUGUUACUCUCCCUCUCGAGGGCUUCGACAAUGACCCCAACUACGAUGCAGUCGUCGGCCUGGUGUGGUCCACCUUCUCUCAGAACGGGGUGCAAUGGUCGGUUGGCAACAUCACCUUCGUCUGCGGGUCGGGGUCUGGCUCCCAGGUAACAACAACGGUACCGACAAGGUCAACAGUUUUGCCCGCAACCACUACUCGGAGGUCAACAGUUCUGUCCACAGCCACGAGAUCCACGAUAUCUCCAGUCGUCACGUCCCAGCCGGCAACGUGUUCCAACCUCCUGAUUGACGACUGGGAAUCGCAAUCUCGUCUGACCUUCCUGGGCUACAACGCCAUGGGACAGGCCUCGAGUGAUGACAGAACCAUGUCUUCUAUCAUUGUCAGCGGCCGGAGAGUCAUGCUGAACCCAAAGGACGCCGACUCCUACUUCUACAGCCAGUUUGGCUGUCUCAACGCCGCCAACAGGUAUGGCGGCAUCUCGUUUCGCAUCCGAGCAGCACGCGGCACAAGCUUCGCCGUAACGCUAGGGUACGCCCAGACAUGCGGCGCCACCAAUGAUCAGACCGUCACCUUGACGACGGCGCAGUUGAAGUGGACCUUUGACGGCACCGAGAGGCUCUACUCGUUCCCAUUUUCGGCCUUCACCGGUGUCGACACCACAAAACUGACCGUGAUCAAUUUCUCCAACUUCAACGCUGCCGCCGUCUUCGGGCCCAUGUUUUUCUACUGCGGCUCGACAGCCAGCGAAUACACCAUCCCGUCCACAUCACCCACAUCGCCGCCCGUUACCCGCUCCACAACCGCGGCCCCGGCCCCGGCCCCGGCGAAAGUCCUUGUGAUCGACAGUUUUGCCAGCUCCGGCACGAACGCCCUAGGAGAGUGGCAUGGCGCCGACGAGGGCGGCAUGACACUGACGUUUGGAAACAACGUCAUGACAAUCCGCACCAACGACUCGGACUUGGCCUGGUACACACAGUUGACCAACCAGUGCGCGGACCUGCGCAGCUACGCCGGGGGAUACCUCCAUAUCGCCUACUCGGGCAGCAACAAGUUCAGCGUCGCGCUGCAGCAGCACAACGUCCAGUGCAACCCCGACAUCAAGCCCUAUCCCGAGACGUGGGACUCCCUCGAGGCCGCCCGCUACGGCACCGCCACCGACAUCUACAUGCCCCUGAACCACUUCAACGUCAACCUCACGCGCGCCAUCGGCUUCGCCCUCAAGGGCUUCUACAGCACCGAGCCAACGACCUUUUCCAAAAUCGAGAUCGUCCCCUCCCUUCCAUCCGGCUGGAAGUUGCCGACCAAGCUCGCGUCCGGCAACCUCGUCUUCGCCUGCACGCGCCCCAACUCCUUCGCCUUCGCCAUCGACGACGGCGACCCCAAGUACGCCCAGCGCGUCAUGGACAUCAUCAACCAGGCCGACAUCCCCGUGACCUUCUUCACCGUCGGCCUCCCCUUACUCGACAAAUCCAACGGCUUGGCCGACAUGUACAAGGAGAUGGCCGCGCGGGGCCACCAGAUCGCGCUGCACUCGUAUACCCAUCCCAAGAUGGAAGGUCUGCCGGAUACGGCGGCCAUUGACUGGGAGUACAACAACGACAUUGGCGCGGUGAGGCAGGUUUUUGGGGAUGGUAUCAUCCAUACCAACUACUUCCGCCCGCCGUUUGGGACCGAAGGAGCGCGCAUGCGGCAACGGCUGGCGGCGGCGCUGCAGGAUGCGAAUCCGUAUAUUGUGCAGUGGAGCAUUGACGUCGAGGACUGGAUCUGGGCUGAGAGCGAUACGCCGGUUAAGCAGCUGGAUGCGUUCAAGCGGGAUCUGGCCAUGGGUGGGAACUUGUUGGUGAUGCAUUAUCUGUAUAACUCGACCGUGGAGCUGUUGCCCGAAUUUAUUAGGCUGGCAAGGGCCACGGGGAAGACAUUGAUGCGGGUGGAUCAGUGUAUGGGGGAUCCGAAGGCGCCGCCUCUUUGAGGGCGGAAGACGGAGGGGUCUGAUGGGUUUGUUUCUCAAUGUGCGAACUUUUCUUGGAAAACUUUUGAGUUUGAGUAAAUACUGGUUGGCGGUCUCAGACACAGGGGACACAACAUUUGGAGUCCGCGACAGUGCCGACGG